UAUAAAUGAAUACAGCAUUCCAAAGCGGUGGAGCACUCAAUCUGCCUCUUCUCCGUCGCUCGGCUUUGAAAUGGAACUAUGCUGCCGCCCAAGGGCGAUCCUCUCCCUUCCCCGACUCCGUCUCCGUCCGAUCAUUCGCCAUCACCCAUCCCUCUCUUCAUCCAAAACCCUAUCGUUUCACUCCAAACCAGGUUUGCAUUUGCCACUAGCAACGGCCUCUGAGGAGACCUCGACCAUCGUGUCAGAGAAGUUAGACGAGCCUUCGGAGCCGAAGAAGGCUCCAGUAACAAUUGUUGAGACUCCGAAUGGUGACGAGCAAGGCGAGGCUGGAGAUUUCCUUAGCAAGCUUGAUGUCAAGUUGGAAUUCAAUGACACUUACUACAUCCUGUUUUACGGAGCUGGUGCUUUUCUUACUCUGUGGAUUUCCUCAUCCGUUGUUACUGCAAUCGAUUCUCUUCCUCUGUUCCCAAAAGUUCUGGAACUGGUUGGCCUCGGCUAUACAAUCUGGUUCAGCUACCGAUAUCUCAUUUUUAAGAAAAACAGGGAGGAAUUAUUUUCAAUGAUUGAAGAUCUCAAGGAGCAGAUAAUUGGACAAUCUGAUUAUGAAUGAUGAUUUCGACACGGUCCGCCUACCCUUGAAAAUUUCAUAAUGUGAUCUUGAGCUGCGUUUGCUUUCCUCUGUUCAAUUAUAUAUGGUUUAUUUCAAAGCGCUCUAAUAUCUUAUAUAAUAGUAUUUUAUUUUCGUACCUGUUAAAAGCUAUAGUUUUGGUUCUACAUACAUUUUUAUUCAUAGGACAAUUGUGAUGUAGGUUUCUCUUAUCUUUAGGAGCUCCCUAUAAACUGGCCUUUUACUUAAAAAAUAAAGCAGCAAUCUACUACCCUCGGCUGUUAGGCAAUUUUGUUAAUGGCUAUACUUCAAAAUAGCAUUUUUCUUUACUCUAGGUUGGAUAUUCAAUGUCUUGCAGUAGUUUUCAUUCAUGGCCUGUAUAUUCGAAUGUGGCUUUUUACAAGUUUUUUUAUUCACUGUUUUUC